CGCGUUGUUCAAGGCAGCCGCUGCUUGUUGCCCGCCAUGGCGGCUAACGUGGAUGCGAAGCUGCUGAAGCAGACGAAAUUCCCUCCCGAGUUCAAUACAAAGGUCGACAUGAACAAAGUCAACAUCGAAGUGAUGAAAAAAUGGAUUGCAGGCAAGAUCUCGGAUAUCCUGGGCAAUGAAGAUGAUGUCGUCAUUGAACUGUGCUUCAAUCUGAUCGAGGGUUCGCGAUUCCCAAAUAUCAAGCACUUACAGAUCCAGCUUACCGGAUUCUUGGACAAGGAUACGCCCAAAUUCUGCAAGGACCUAUGGAACCUAUGCUUGAGCGCGCAAAGCAACCCCCAGGGUGUGCCGAAGGAGCUGCUUGAAGCGAAGAAGCUGGAGCUUAUACAGGAAAAGCUUGAUGCUGAGAAGGCAGCCGAGGAAGCCCGUCAACGGAAAGAAGAAGAGUUAGCGCGUGAGCGGGAAAUGGAGGCGAUCAGGCGACGCGAGAGAGAGGAGCGCGCCGGCGGCGGGAGGAACCGAAGAGACUACGGUCGUCGAAAUUUCCGAGAUUCACGUUCUCCGCCUCCCAGACGACGAAGCCCAGAUAGGUACCGCGAUAGACGUCGCCCGAGAGGAGAUACUUAUGCGCCGUCGGGAGGAAGGGGCUCACGCUGGGCGGAUGGGCGAGGACGCCGUCCGUCAAGAUCGAUAUCGCGUUCUCCAUCGCUUUCACGCUCACCAUCUCGCUCCGUCGCACGCUCCCCAUCCCGUUCGAUUUCACCGCCACGCCGCGGAUAUCGGGCCAGAAGAGAUCGCGGUAGACGUUGGCAACGUUCGAUAAGCAGAUCUCCCUCCUGCGACCGGCGGGACGCCAAGCGUAGAAGGAGGGAAAGCCCCGUUUAUAGUGACCACCGAUCAAGAUCUCGCACUCGUUCUGAAUCAUCUCGCUCACGUUCUCCUAGAAGAUACCGGAGAAGAUCCCUGAGUUCUUCUUCGCGAAACGUUUCGCGUUCACCGUCUCCACGCCGUCGCCGAAACCAACGGUCGCAGAGAUAUCCUUCUCGCUCCGUAUCUCGUUCCGCUUCCCGAUCACGAUCGCCACCACGACGCUCGUUAUCGCGGUCGCGGUCCCGCUCAGGCAGUCCUGGACGUCGAGGUGGUGGAGGUCGGUUACGAAGAUCAUCAUCUACCGUUUCAAAGCAUGAUAGAAGAGAAACACGAGCUGAUGUUACCAAGGACCUUAAUUCUCGUGACCAUCGCUCUCUUAGUCGAAGCAGAGACCGUCGGGAUCGCAGUCCACGGCGCGCUCGUAGCCGGACCAGAUCCCACACUCGAACCCCCUUGUCUAGUCGGAGCCGCAGUCGCGACCGAACUAAACGAAAGAGGCAUCAAUCUAUUGAAAGAUAUGCUCCUGCUGCGAGACGGCGGCGCAAGAGCUCGCCAGCCUCAUCACCUGCAAAACGCCGGGAAGAGAAAGCUGGUUCGGACGUAGAGAAAUGAGGGCAACACUCGUAUUCCCCGCUUUGGCGUGGAUUUACUGAACAAGGGGUCGAGAACGAAUCAGUCAGUUGAUGAUGAGGUGGGUCAAUAUAAUCAUUGCCAUCAUAUUAACCAAACAUCGCCCGAAUAAGGGCUGAUGCAGCUACGAGGUUGUUUGUGGUAAACGGCUGGAAGGUCGAUAUUCUCGAAGGAACAGGCCAUUAUGAGAGUGCUAUUCCUUCGUUCUUUUCUUACGAUUUUCACUUUGACGUUCUAAACCUGCUACUAUCGAACACCAAUCUGAUGUGAGAGUGGCGAUAAUCCCAUUCCCCUGAAGCA